ACUUACAAUCAGCAAAUCACUGCCUUAAACAAUUGUGCGAAAACAGCAGACGGUAAGUACUGUGUUGUAAUUAUCUCAAAAAAUAAGGGCAUUUCCUAAACCGCGUCUCUAUAAGAUUCUCCUCCCUCCCAAAAGCACAAACCCCCAAAUUUCCCACUCACCUCAUAUUUGCGGCAAACAGAACCCAAAAACCCAAAGCAGAGUGAGUUCUCAUUUUCCAUCGCUUUCCAGCAAAAUGUCAGCCGGACUGGGAAAAUGCAGCAAGAUCCGGCACAUUGUGAGGCUCCGCCAACUGCUGCGGCGGUGGCGCAGCAAGGCCCGCAUGUCAGCCAAUCGCAUACCGUCGGAUGUUCCCGCAGGACAUGUGGCCGUCAGCGUGGGCAGCAGUUGCACCCGAUUUGUGGUGCGCGCGUCGUACCUGAACCACCCCGUCUUCAAGAAGCUCCUAGUAGAAGCCGAGGAGGAGUACGGCUUCUCCAACCAAGGCCCGCUCGCGAUACCCUGCGACGAGUCACUCUUCGAAGAGGUGCUCCGAUUCAUUUCUCGAUCCGAGUCGGGUGGGUCGACCCGGUUCGUCAAUCUAGACGACUUCCAAAGAUACUGCCACGCGGGCAUCCUGAGUAACCUCGAUUUCUGGGCCGAUUCUCGACCGUUGCUUCGUGGAUUUUCUGAUAAAACAAUUUGGUAAGCAAAGCGGAAAACCAAGUGUGUUUAGUUGGUAAUUUUAUUUUGGUUUCUGAAAAUAAAGGAGGAUAUAUACAAAAACACGCUUCGGUUCUCUCUCACCCGGGUGGACUCAGUCCGAGUUAUAUCGCUCUCCAUGGCAGCCAGCCAUCAAUUGAUUGAAGAGAGUAAACUGUUAAUGAUAUGACACAAAGAGUUCGAGCCUAAAAUGGGCUCGGAUGAAUUAACCCAGUUGGGUGUACUUAGUGAUUGACGAUGGGGCCUUUUUGUUUUUUUUUUCCCCUUGAAAGUGAUGUCAUUAUUGGGCACUGAGUAAGAAUAAAUGAAACUCCGAAGAACGCUAUGGAGAUGGCAAAUGGGUGGGGGAGUGAUCCACCGAGUCGUCCCGGGUUCGAAUCGGAGUGGAGGCAGAGAAGCGAGCUGCUCCUGCUGCUGCCGAGGAGAAAGAUGAACAAAGAAAACAAAAUUACUGAAUAUUAUUGGGUCUCGAUUUUCCUUGUAAAUUCUGUGAUUUAUUGAUUAAUUAAAGAUAAAUUGUAGAGAAAUUUAA